UCACGACCUCUCGACCCUAUUCUUAAUCCUACAUUCCUAUCGUCGUGCUCGUGGGUCUGCCCUGACUGCCAAUCAACAGCCCGGUCAAUCCGAUUGCCCUGUCCUCCUUUCCCGCAAAGCGCCGUCGUCUCUCCUUCCCAGGCUCCCGUGAUGGCCGAAUGAGUUCCCCCCCGUACCCGAUACCAGUGAUGAUUGAGACUCUACAAGCACAUUUCAAUCACACUGACAUAUGAAGCGGGCUCUUCAGUCUUCUUUUCGGUUCCUGUCUAUUUAGACUCUUUUCCCUCGCCAACUCAAUCUCAAUCGAUAUUGACAGGAGCGGGCCCGACCUGCAGUCCCCACGGCAAUGACCAACUUUGAGAAGUCGGUAAAGGGGGCUACUAAGCUCAAGCUUGCGGCCCCUAAGUCGAAAUACGUUGAAACAAUUCUGGUGGCGACUCACACGGGCGAGGCGGGCGUCGCAGAGAUCUUCCGAACACUUCAACACAGGCUCCGAGACUCAGCAUGGACAAUCGUGUUCAAGGCGCUGAUCAUCGUCCACCUUAUGAUUCGGGAGGGCCAGCAGGACGCAGCGCUGUCAUAUCUGUCAGACAACCCGAAGAAGAUCGCCCCCAGCAACUUCUCUGAAGCGCAAUCCCAGGGACAUAACAUCCGGCGAUAUGCCGAGUAUCUCAUGACGCGCGCCAAAGCAUUCGAUGCCACCAAGACCGACUACGUGCGGAGCGGACCCGGGCGUUUAAAGCGACUAAGCGUGGAUAAAGGUCUUUUAAGAGAAACGGAGGUUGUACAGAAGCAAAUCCGUGCGUUGUUGCGGUGUGAUCUGUUGACAGAUGAACCCGAGAACGAGAUCAGUUUGACCGCAUUCCGCCUCCUUACACUAGAUCUGCUGACGCUGUACUCCGUUAUGAACGAGGGUACCAUCAAUGUUUUGGAGCAUUAUUUUGAAAUGUCAAGACCGGAUAGUGAACGCGCCUUGGCAAUCUACAAGACUUUUACGAAGCAGACGGAGGAAGUGGUUCAGUUUUUGGGUGUUGCGCGGCACUUUCAGUCCGCCACCCGGCUGGAGAUUCCGAAGCUCAAGCAUGCCUCCACCGACUUGGCGCGCCUUCUUGAAGAUGACUUGAACGACCCUGACUUUGACCUUCGGAGGCGAGAAUACUUGGCCGGUAAAGGGAUCAAGAAAGAUGGGCGUGCGCAGACUUCUGGUGCCGAGUCCGCCUUCGCGGAGCCUUCCUCUAGCAACCAACCCAAGCCCGUGUCAAAUCCGCCCAGGCAGCCUGAAACGCAGAAGCAUGCCCCUGCAGAUCUGAUUGAUUUCUUCGACUCUAUUGAACAGAACCAACAGCCAAUGGCCCAGCCCGGCGGAAUGUCGUAUCAACAAACAGGCUUCCAGCAGCAGCAGCAGCAACAGCCACAACAGGCAUUCUUCCCUCAACAGACUGGGUUCCCUCAGCAGCCCCAACCCACCGGAUUUGGCCAGCAGAACCCAUAUGGCCAGGGUCUCCCCCAGCAAAACACUGGUAACCCCUUCGGCCAGCAGCAAAUACAGCCGCAGCCGCAGCCACAGCCACUCCAGUCGAUGCCCACCGGUGCCGGAUUUGGUGGAUAUACGGCGCAGCCACAGUCCUAUGGAUACCAAUCACAGCUGGCUCCUAUCCCGCAAAAUGCGAUUCCUUCAUUCUCUCAACAGCAACAACAGCUCCAACAGCCUCAGGCCUUGCAACCGCAACAUACGGGGACCAACCCAUUCCGACAAUCAAUGAUGCUGAGUAACCCCACGGGUGGUGCACCCCCUGCCCCUGCCCCUGCCGCCCCUCUACAACGGCAGAACACAAACCCAUUUGCCAAGCGCCUUUCCAUGGCACAGCCCAAUUAUAACCAGGGCGCCCCCGACCCCGUACCUCAAGUCCCCCAGAUUCCCCAAGCGCAAGCACAGCCACAAGCCCUGCAGCCCCAGCGCACGGGAACCAACCCGUUCGCUCGGAGCUCAUCAGUGCCGCCUCCUCAGAACGGGGGGCUGCAACCUCCAGCUACAGCUCCUCUGCGGCCCAACCCGACUGGAAGUACCAACCCCUUCCGGCAGAGUCAAUUUAUCAAUCAGCAAACUGGUCAAGGGUGGCAAAUCGGGCAAAAUGGCACACUGGGUGGGUUAGAACAGAUGGAGACAGUUCCCGUCUUCCCGCGACCGGGCAUGGCAUAAGGAUCAGGAUCCAGGGCAUGGAGGGAGCCGGGAAGUGUUGAUGGUAGCACUGCUCUUUGCAACUUGGCCCUUUCUUCCUCUCGUUCUUGUUAUAUUUUCCAAUUCCUCUUUUCUCAUUCGAUAUUGCCUACUAACCUUCUCCCCCCCCCCCCCCCC